AUUUUCGCAUGAAAACAAAGCAAGCUCCAAUCUUGAUCCGCAGUGGAAGCCAUACCAAUUUGCCGAUCAGAAAAAGAAAAAAAAAAACUGAAUAGAGAAAGCGAAAACCAUUCGUAUCUGCUCCUGUCAAGAAUGGUUUAUCACUCUAGUUUUGUUGAUGAGGAAGGAAUUACUAAAGCUUGUGGGUGCCCUUUACUUCCUUUGAAAAGCCAUAUAAAGGGCCCUGCUCCGGUUUCUGAACAAGAUAGAACUGAUAUUGUGGAUGAAGCAAUCACAUUCUUUCGGGCCAAUGUUUUUUUCCGAAACUUUGAUGUAAAAAGCUCAGCUGAUAAGCUUCUAAUCUAUUUGACAUUAUAUAUCAAUGUGGCAUUGAAGAGGCUUGAGGGCUGCAGAACUUUGGCAGAAGGAACCAAAGCAAUUAUUAACUUGGGUUUGGAAAAGGUUCCUGUUCCUGGAGAGUCUGGCUUUCCAUUUCCGGGCCUUUUUAGCCCACCACAAUCUCAACAACAAGCAGAACUAUUCAGGAAUUAUCUGAAGCAGAUAAGGGAGGAAACAAGUGGGAGACUGUUAAGUGUUGCGUACAGACCGAAUGGGACUCCAAAUAAAUGGUGGUUGGCGUUUGCCAAGAGAAAGUUUAUGAACACUAUAGCUCUUUGAGUGACUGAUGUAAAGAAGAUUCAAAGAAGAGGGCAAGAAGAUAGGAUUCGAAGAUAGAGAGUUUACUACUGUACAACCAUGUGUUUUUUGGACUUAUAAUUGUAAUACAAACUUCGUAUGUAUGAAAUCGCGUGAAAAAGAUUUUAUUCGAUUGGUG